UCUGUAAUUGAACCUUGAAAAAUUGUUUAGAUUCAAUCCCCAGAUGCAACACUUUCACAUAAAUGGUUUUAAAACGUAUCUUCAUCGAAACUCCGAGUCGUAAACAAUAAUGAAUUUGAGACGCUCAGUCGAGCUCGGUGAAAAGGGCAGCGUUCGUGAAAAGAAUUUCUAAAUAGUAAAAGCAAACUAUUUUUUCACUCAAACACUCGAAUCGCUGCAAAAGAUUUCCUUUAGUCGGUGGUAGCAGCUGAAUGGAAAAUAAAACUAAACCAAAGCAAUCCCUGCUUAACAAACUUGCAGUGAUCAAUUGUGAGUUUUUUUCGGAUUGAUAUCGAGAGUUUCCUUGCAAAUAUUUAACUGCAGUAAUAAAAUCUUGCGUCGAACACGAGCGAAAGUUAAUGGUAAUUAUUCCUGAAAGUUUGAUGCUGUUUUAGCUAUUCCUGAAAAUGCAAAACUCGGCUUUUAUUGAGUCCUUGGAACAAAAACGCCAUUCACUUCCCAAAAACUAAACCCUCAGAUCGAAUCUUAUAAUUUAAAUUUUACGCUUACUAGCUGAUAUUUUACUCAUAUCUUCAAUCACGAGGAAAUGAUGCAACGUCGACCUUUAACACCGACUUUCAUUGAAAGAAAUUUCCACUUGUUCAGUCGUUUUCAACUCGGCAGCAAAAAUGCCAUUCAAGCUGAUAAUAAUCCUGUUGAUUUUGAAAUUUAUUCAAGUGCAGCCUGGGGACAAUUGUGACUCUCUUAGAAAAUGCCAAGAUUGCAUUCAUGCACCAUCGUGCGGCUGGUACCUCCAAUAUCGUUCAGCUAAUGGAUCCGGAUGUUUCGACAACGACUAUCUCGAGCAACAUAAAACCGACACCGUGAACGGCUACUCCUUCCCACCGAGAGCAAGUUUUCACAUUGUCAAAAACGAAAAGAGUAACCCAAUCUCUCCACAAGAAGUAUCGCUCAAUCUGAGACUCAAUGACCCCUUCACGUUUCCUAUAACCUUAACACCUGGACCCCAAUGGCUGCACAAAAGCAUCGAACUAAGGCACAAUCUCAAAAAACAACAAGUCGUAAAGUUGACUUUUUUCACCAACUGCGGCAAUCGCAAAAUAACCGAGAGCGACAAAUGUGACAACAUUGAAUUGGGUAAACCGGUGACGUUCUGGGUCAAAGUGGAACAGAAACAAUGCUCGAAAAGACAACCCGAACAAAUAAAACGAAUCAAAAUCUACCUCACUCCUGGCGAUGCAGUUUUUCGACUGCAUUUGUACGCUUACUGCUAUUGUCCUUGCGAAAUGGACGAUGCAGUUUCUAAUCCAAAAGUCGUUCCUCAAUGCAGGAAAAGAGGAAGCUUCGAAUGUGGCGUUUGUUACUGCAACGACGGCUUUGCAGGAAAAAAUUGUGAAAUCAAUACGUCAAAUACACUUUCAGGAAAACCGUAUAAGAAUUGAAUAAUUUAUUUUUUGAUUAUAAAUACACCAAAUUUAUAUGUGUUA